CAUCCUACAACCCAUUAUUCGUUGUUCCUGAAUCCUACAUAGACAUUUUUCUACCUUAUCUGAAAGGAAUCAUAGAUCAGCCAGUAAUAUAACAAUGGCUAUUGCAGCAGUCGGGCAACUCUGCUCGACAGCGAGUAUGACUUCGAACCUGGCUCAGUGUCAGGUUCUCGUGCGCAAAGCUGUGGCAUCUGGUGCUAAAGCAUUAUUCCUACCAGAGGCAUCAGACUACAUUGCCUCUUCGCCAGCUGAGAGCAUAUCACUUGUGCGAUCCGUGCAGGACAGCGUGUUUGUGCAGGGACUCCAGCGUGAAGCCCGGCAGGCAAGCCUGCAUAUCAACGUUGGCAUCCAUGAACUGGCGCCGAACGGCAAAGUCAAGAAUACUCUGAUCUGGAUUGAUGAUAAGGGUACGAUUACUCAACGCUACCAGAAGAUUCAUCUGUUCGAUGUUGAAAUCGAGGACGGUCCGGUCCUCAAAGAGAGCGCGAGCGUUGAAAAGGGUAUGGAAAUUCUGCCGCCAUUCGACACUCCUCUAGGACGCGUUGGUCUAUCGAUUUGCUUUGAUCUGCGCUUCCCUGAAAUCAGUCUAGCCUUGAAGCGUCAGAAUGCGCAGAUCGUCACGUAUCCGUCGGCUUUUACGGUUCCAACAGGACAGGCGCAUUGGGAAACGUUGCUCCGAGCAAGAGCUAUCGAGACACAGGCGUAUGUAGUGGCUGCGGCUCAAGCUGGUCCGCACAAUGAGAAGCGGAGAAGCUAUGGCCAUUCGAUGAUCGUUAAUCCUUGGGGAGAGAUUGUGGCGAAACUCGAAGACGAAUAUCGGGAACCAGCAGUCGCUACCGCGGAGAUUGACCUCAACCUCUUGGAGAAGGUCAGGAGAGAGAUGCCCUUAAUAAGGAGAACUGACAUAUACCCAGAGGUAUAGCACCUGAUUUAAUUGCC